AUGCAGAAGUGGGGACUGCGGGCUGUGGCCUUCCUGGCCCUCCUGUCAGCGUGGGCCUUUCCACACACUGACAUCAGUAUCUACUCAGUGUAUAAUAAGCGGCAGAGACAGUGUGAGCACCACCAGUCUUCCUCCUGCUCCGUUUUCUCUCUAUCCCCAGUCCUGUCAGAGGUGCCCCAGAUGACCCUGCUAUGUCCCCUGUUCUGGACAGAGUUCAAAGGUCACUGCUACAGAUUCUUCCCCAUCAACAAGACCUGGGCCGAGGCUGACCUGCACUGCUCUCAGUUCACUGUUGGUAGGAAAUCUGCCAAGCUGGCCUCUAUUCACAGCUGGGAUGAGAACAUCUUUGUGUAUGACCUGGUGAACAGCUGUGCUCCUGACAUCCCUGCUGACAUUUGGAUGGGCCUUCAUGACCACAGGCAGGAAGGGCAGUUUGAAUGGACGGAUGGCUCUCCUUAUGACUACAGUUACUGGGACAGGAACCAGCCUGGUGACGGCAUCCAUACAGACUCAGAGGAAGACUGUGUGCAGAUGUGGUACCGGCCAAGUAGUGCACGGAGGUCCUGGAAUGAUAACACCUGCCACAGGAAGUUCCCCUUUGUCUGCAAGAUCCCAUCUCUGAGCAUUCACUAAUGCACUCCUGUGCCCCCCACCACACACACACCACAUGGACUCGGCACCAGGAGGUCUUGCAGUGGUGUCUAGAACAGAACUCACGCUAAACACACAGAAAGGAAAUCCUCCAGGCAGAGAUUCUCAAAACACUGGUCUCAUUAUUCAGUGGCCAAGAGACAGUGGACCAACUCACACAGGUUCCAGCAUCCUGGACGGAACUGAAUUUUGCCAUUCUGGUCAGGUCUCCAGUUCAUGCUUGAAGCGGUCACUUUCACACUGGUUAACUGGUUAGCCCUGAUGUGAUGUGCACCACUGAGGAAGAGUGGAGUGGGAGUUGAGACCCUCCGUGGGACUCUGAGGAAUGAAAAUAAGCUGUUGGCCAGUGGGUGUGAGCUUCAGUUCUGAUCUGAAGAGUUGGGUUUAAUUGCAAAGUGUGGAAACAAAAGAACUGGAUUCAGUUCUAAGUUGCACCCUUAAUACAUGACCCCAGAUAAGUUACUUCUCUUCUGAGAACCUUGGUCUGUACAGUGAGUAGAAAAGAAAUACAUUAAAAUGUCUAAG